CUCCUCACCUCCUCACUCCAUUGUUGAGUGGCUAACUCGCCGAGCGAGUCAACUGCCGAGAAGGAAGCUCCACAGUUUCCACCUCUCACCUGUGAGAUUCAUAUUUUGUUGUAAGAUUAUUCAAUAAUUUCGAUCCAAAAUUUCCAAUUAUGUAAGUUAUAAGCUUUACAUGAAAUCGUAUCGUCUAAGUUUAGGGUUUGUGGUUUUCCAUUGUCACAAUCUUUAUUAUGUAAUGAGCCGUGGUCAAAUUUUGAGAUCUUCUCGUAAAAGAUUUAAAAAAUUCCUGAUUUUAGGGUAACGGUUCUUAAUUACGUCCUCUUGAGCCUUUCUUUUUGGGUUUCUUAUUAUGGUUAUUAGGUUUUAGGCAUUUAUAUACAGUAGUUAGAUCUUUUUUGUUGGUUCCCAAUCUAUAAGUUCGACCAGUCCCAGUCGGUGGCCUGAUGCAUAUGCUCAUUAGGGUUUGUCUGAGGUAAUUAAUUGUUUAGAUUUAGCUAUGUCUGCAAAUAACAACAAUCCACCAAAGAACAUUGGGGUUUCAUCCCCUUUCGGCAAUUCAUUGCCAGUGAACCCAUCUGCUCAGCAACAAGUCGGAUCUGGCUUUCCGGGGCAAUUUCAGCUAUCUCAGCUCACUGCUCAUGCCCAAGCCAUUGCUCAAGCUCAGUCUAAGGCACAGGCUCAUGCCCAAGCUCAAGUGCAGGCAGCACAUGCUCAAUUCCAAGCGCAGUUGCAAGCUGCUCAUGGACUUUCAUUCAAUCAAGCACAUUCCAGUGGGGCAAAUUUGGGUUCUCCAUCGCCCUCUGUUUCAGGAGCUGUCAGCGCUAGUGCAAGAAAGUUUAUGCAGAAGCCACCUGUUAGGCCGAUUGGCUUCUCGCCUCCCAACACGGUUUCUCCUCUGAGGACAAUGGAUGCUUCAGCUGCUGCCCGCAGGAAGAAGCAAAAGCUUCCAGAGAAGCAGUUACAGGAAAGAGUGGCUGCAAUUUUGCCUGAAUCUGCUCUUUACACACAGCUCCUUGAGUUUGAGUCCCGUGUGGAUGCUGCUCUGACGAGGAAGAAAAUUGAUAUCCAAGAGGCGCUAAAGACUCCAUCAUACAUACAGAAAACUCUGCGGAUAUAUGUAUUUAACACUUUUGCUAAUCAGAUUCGUACUAUUCCUAAAAAACCAAAUGCAGAGCCACCUACGUGGACCCUUAAAAUUGUAGGGAGGAUUUUGGAGGACGGGAUGGAUCCUGACCAAGCUGGCAUGAUGCAGAAAUCUAGCUCCUUAUAUCCAAGGUUCUCAUCUUUUUUCAAGAGAGUUACUAUUUCGUUGGACCAGAAACUCUAUCCUGAUAACCAUAUGAUUAUAUGGGAUAGUGCUCGGUCUCCUGCUUCUCAUGAAGGCUUCGAGGUAAAGAGGAAAGGGGAUCAAGAAUUCACUGCAAAUAUAAGAUUAGAAAUGAAUUACAUGCCUGAGAAGUAUAAGCUUUCAUCGGCUCUGAUGGAAGUCUUGGGUAUCGAGGUUGAUACUCGUGCAAGAAUCAUGGCUGCUAUUUGGCAUUAUGUGAAAGCUAGAAAAUUGCAGUGUCCAGAUGAUCCUUCUUCUUUCAAUUGUGAUCCUCCCCUUCAGAAAUUGUUUGGGGAAGGAAAGAUCAGAUUUACUGCAGUGACACAGAAAAUAACACCCCAUCUUUUUCCUCCACAACCCAUUCAUUUAGAGCACAGGAUCAAACUAUCAGGAAACUGUCCUGCUGGAACUGCAUGCUAUGAUGUUUUAGUUGAUGUACCUUUCCCAAUUCAGAGGGAAUUGAAUGCUCUAUUGGCCAACACCGAAAAAACAAAAGAGAUUGAUGCCUGUGAUGAAGCAAUUUGUACUGCUAUAAGAAAGAUUCACGAGCACCGUAGAAGAAGGGCAUUCUUUCUUGGUUUUAGUCAGUCACCAGUAGAGUUUAUUAACACACUGAUUGAUUCUCAAAACAAGGAUCUGAAAGUUGUCUCCGGGGAAGCAAUUCGCAAUCCAGAAAAAGAGCGCCGAUCAGAUUUCUACAACCAACCCUGGGUGGAAGAUGCUGUGAUACGCUAUCUGAAUCGUAAACAACCUGCAGAUGCUCCUGGAAGCACGAGUAGGCAGGAACCCUAAAGCUUCUACGGAUAUCUGAACUGUAAACUGCCUGCAGAUGCUUCUGGAAGCCAAGUAGGCAGAAUCCCUAAAGUUGCUAAAGAAAAGUAUGUAGUUGUUUCUAUCUCUUAUUGUUCUUUGAACAUCUACACGGCUUUUUCACAACUGGUCUUCUCAUUUCCAGUGGUAAUGAACUUUGAAUCGUUUUAAAAGAUAGUAUAUCUGGUCAUCAGCACUGCAGUUUCACUUGCUGUUUCUGGUUGUCAGACAAAUAUCCAUUACAGAUUUAUCUUUGCCAAUGUGCAAUAGCAGUUCUGUUGUUUGAUUAGGUCAAAUGUCGGAUCAUAUGUCGUCAACCUAAACAGAAACAAGAUCUUGCGUAUUUAUUUCAUGGAUGCUUCGUCUUUGAUCUA